AUGUGUGAGGAGUUGGCAGCCCUCCAAAGUCUCAAAGGGACUACGACGGGGGAGGAUGUUUUCGGCAAAGUGUACCAAACCAUGGAAGAGUUGGACCUGGACUGGUCAAAGAUGGCCAGCAUCACAACUGACGGGGCUCCUAGUAUGGUGGGCAUGUCUCGUGGUCUAAUAGGACACAUGAAAUGGGAGAUGGAAGAACGGGGUCUCACCGCCCUGCUACAAGUCCACUGCCUAAUUCACCAGCAAGCACUGUGCUGCAAAGUGUUGACAUGGGAUUCUGUCAUGAAGGUUGUGGUGUCAUGCAUAAACUUCAUCAGAGCAAAGGAACCUAAACACAGGCAGUUCCAAGAAUUCCUGUCUGAACUGGAAUCUGUGCAUGGAGGUGUGCUGUACUACACAGAGGUCCGAUGGAUGAGCCGGGGCAGAGUUUUGAAGUGUUUUUACGAGCUGCUACCUGAAAUUAGCGCAUUUCUUCAUUCACUAAACAAAACGGUGCCAGAGCUGAUCGACCCAGAAUGGAAAUGGCACCUCGCAUUUUUAACAGACAUGACAGAAAUGCUGAACAGCUUUAACUUGCAGCUACAAGGCCAGGGAAAACUCAUUUGCGACAUCUAUUCCCACAUAAAAGCAUUUGAGGUGAAACUAGAGCUGCUUUUGGGACAAGUGAAAAGGCACAGCUUCAUCCAUUCUCCCUGCUACACAAAACCUCUCUGCAGAGAACCCAGCGGUCCAGUUUCCAGCUGA